GUGGAACGAAUCAAUGGUGGGUGGAAGAAGCCAUCACGGGCGAAGGUAGCUGUAGGAACGGCAACGACAGCAGUAGCAGAGGCGGCAUGGCAGCCCCCAGUAACAACACCACCACCACCAAUACCACAAAUAACAGCAACAAUCACCACUCCAAUAAGCCUGCCUGGUUGCAGCAAUACGAGUUGAUCGGUAAGAUCGGCGAAGGCACCUAUGGCCUCGUCUUCCUUGCUCGAACUAAAUCUCAACCUAACCGAGGAAAAUUCAUUGCUAUCAAGAAAUUCAAGCAAUCCAAGGAUGGAGAUGGCGUCUCUCCCACCGCCAUCCGUGAAAUCAUGUUAUUGAGGGAGAUUAAUCAAGAGAAUGUUGUUAAGCUCGUUAAUGUUCACAUCAACCAUAACGAUAUGUCGCUUUAUCUUGCUUUCGAUUACGCCGAGUAUGACCUUUAUGAAAUUAUCAGACAUCAUAGAGAGAAGGCCAACCAUUCUAUCAAUCAGUACACAAUUAAGUCAAUACUCUGGCAGCUGCUCAAUGGGCUGAACUAUCUCCACAGUAGUUGGAUUAUUCAUCGGGAUCUAAAGCCAUCAAACAUUCUGGUAAUGGGUGAGGGAGAGGAACAAGGAUUGGUUAAAAUUGCUGAUUUUGGUCUUGCAAGAGUAUACCAAGCUCCCCUGAAGCCAUUAUCAGAAAAUGGGGUUGUGGUAACUAUUUGGUACCGUGCGCCUGAGCUGCUCCUUGGUGCCAAGCACUAUACAAGCGCUGUUGAUAUGUGGGCUGUUGGGUGCAUUUUUGCUGAGUUAUUGACUUUGAAGCCACUUUUUCAAGGACAAGAAGUGAAGGCCACUCCUAACCCUUUCCAGCUUGAUCAACUUGACAAGAUUUUUAAAGUAUUAGGCCAUCCCACACAAGAGAAGUGGCCAACGCUCGUGAAUCUUCCAUAUUGGCAAUCUGACCAGCAACAUAUCCAGGGGCAUAAAUAUGACAGUCCUGGUCUGUAUAGCAUAGUGCAUCUCCCUCAGAAAAGCCCGGCAUACGACCUCCUAUCGAAGAUGCUGGAAUACGAUCCUCGGAAACGUAUAACAGCAGCACAAGCUCUUGAGCAUGAGUACUUCCGGAUUGAUCCUCUACCAGGGCGCAAUGCACUGGUACCUUGCCAACCGGGGGAGAAAGUCGUGAAUUACCCUGUUCGUCCAGUGGACACUACUGUAGAUUUUGAGGGAACGACGAGCGUCCAAUCUUCUCAACAGGUAUCAUCUGGUAAUCCGGUUCCUGGGAGUGUAGUAACAGCUAGGUCUGCCCCUCGACAAAUGCCUAUGGUACCAGGCAUGCAAAGGAUGCCUGGUCCAGGCAUGGCGGCCUUCAAUCUUGCUUCUCAGGCUGGCAUGGGUGGGGCAAUGAACCCUGGCAGCAUCCAUAUGCAACGGGGUGCUGCUGCACAGGCUCAUCUGCAGCAGCAACAACAGCAGUUGAGAAGGAAAGAUCCUGGAAUGGGGAUGACAGGAUAUCCUCCACCCCAGAAACCAAGACGCUUUUAAGGGCAUACCUAGUACACGAGGCUCACGUAACUGUGGGGUCGGGGGAGGGUCAUGUAUGCAGCCUUAACCCCCACUUCGUGGAGAGGCAUUAUCUCGACUCAUACCCCCGACCUCUAUGUAGCAAAGGAUCAACAAAGGGAGAGACCCAGUCUUCAUUGGUUAGAAUAGAAACUAAGAGAAGCAAAUGCUUUAUUGGGAUGCUAUUGAAAUAAGUUGAUAGCAUAUUGAAAAUUGAAUUCAGGACACUUUCACUUAUGAUCAUUUUGGACUUUGUUAUGCUCUGACUUCUUGUCUGCUUGUUGAUCAUGGAGGAAUAAGUCUUGCCUUGCCACUACUUGGUGUAAAUUGUUCAUGCAGAAAUAGGUUGAAGUAGAAGAAAGUUACAGAGAUUAUUUCAGCAUACUAACUUAUUGGCUGGAUGCCAAGAACUGGUACUUGAAACCUGCUGGUCCAGUCAGUCAAGCAAUUCUUGGUUGUUGACAGACUAGAAGUUGAUAGAUACAUCAAAGCACACAGCUUUCAAUUCCUUCUGUGUGACAGUUUGACACCUCUUCGCAUGAACCUGGAGCGGCUGAGGCCUUGUAGCAUUCCACCAAUAGCAAGCAAGUUUGGUCUGUGUCCUAGAUUCCCUUCUUGUUGAUCUAUUCAAGUAUGGGAAGUGAUUAUAUUACUGUAUUAUCUUUGCUAGUUCGGCCAGCUAUGCUUAUUAUAGUGCUUACCCGUGAAGGGUAAAGCUUUGUUGGUAACAAUUGGCUGUAAUUUCAUAUGUCAAUUUGCUGAUAUUAAUCUGGUCACUCGAUCAAAUUUAGUGUGUUGAAAACAAUA